AUGUCCAUCUGGAACCAUCUUGUGUGCCGUCCAAUCAUGGCCUUUGUGCACAAAAAAUGUCGGAAUCUAGGUACGCGAAAUUUCAAAUUUUCGAAUUUUCUUCGCAAAAAUCGAUAAUCCAGACGUAGCGUACCUCGGAUCGCAAAUUCGGCGUGUCGCGGUGCCCGACGAGCUCGUGAAAUGGAGCCGGGAAUGGCCGGAAUACGCGCCGCCCGUCUACACGGACCCAAAGAUAUUGGGAAAAGCGUGGGCGGAUCCAGAGGAACGAGAUGGUUUUAAAUGGAAUUCGAUCGACGGAAACGUGAAUCGAGCCUCGUUUGUCUGGUACGCAUUUUUUGCGCGGUUGUAAAACGUCCGAUCGAUGAUAUCCAUUCUCCAGUGCCUACUCGUUCGACUCGUCGCUCCGUCCACUCAAUCCGAUCGGUCGGACCGGGCUGGCGGGCCGCGGAGUGCUCGGUCGAUGGGGUCCGAAUCACGCGGCCGAUCCGAUCGUCUCCCGAAUCGCCGACGACGGACACGUGGAGUUUGUGGCGAUUCAGCGAAGGGAUACGGGCGAAUGGGCGAUUCCGGGCGGGAUGGUCGACGCCGGCGAGGCGGUGUCGGAGACGUUGAAACGAGAAUUUGCCGAGGAGGCAAUGAACGGCGUCGUCGAUCCGGAGGGCAUCGAACGGCUGUGGAGCAACGGCAAAGAGCUGUACAGGUUAGGGUUCUGGGAUAGUUGGAGAUGUCUAGUUGUAUGUUUUCUGUACAACAAAAUGGGUUUUGGAGGUUCUGAAAAUGUCGAAAUUUCUUCAUUUGCUUUUUUAGCACUAUGGGUUUAAACGGAUUCAGCGUUGUCGGUUGCGAAACGUCCGUUUGCUUGCAGAGGCUACGUGGACGAUCCGCGUAACACGGACAACGCGUGGAUGGAGACGGUCGUCGUGAACUUCCACGACACGACCGGCGUCCUGAAGAACGUGGAACUCCAGGCGGGCGACGAUGCGAAGGCGCUCCGCUGGAUUCGCGUCGAUUCGAAAGAGCCGCUCUACGCCUCCCACACACAUUUCAUCGCUCUUCUCAAAGAGCGCAAACUCUAA